AUCUCAACACAAUUAUCUACGCCUCUCCGGAGUAUCAUUCUUAUUCUCUCUGGAGUAUUUACAAUGCAGAGCAAAUUUCUUUAUUUAAUUUGUAGCUGUAUUCAGAGUUACAUUUUAGGAGGAUAAGGAUAACAAUGGAUUAUAGAAAUGAACGUCGUUGGAUGUAUAAUCGAGUGAACCCCGGUCAGAAAGGGUUAACAGAUGAAUUUAAAGCUGGAGUGGAUAAUUUUGUGGAUUUCGCGUGUGUACAACCAACUUUUGUUGAGAACAAUGUUAUUAAAUGUCCUUGUACAAAAUGUAGGAAUCGCCGUUAUAAAAAUCCAGGAGAUGUAAAACUUCACCUUUACAAAUGGGGUUUUGAGUCAAACUAUUGGUGUUGGAUUUUCCAUGGUGAAGAUGUUUUACAAUCCAGUGGAAAUUUUGAUGAUACAUCUCACAACCAUAUGGAUGGAGAUAACAUGUAUGAAACAAUGAUUUAUGAUAAUUUUGGAUUGAACCAAGAACCUAGUUAUCUUAAUCGAGACAUUGAGGGCCCGCAUGAUAGUGCCAAACAAUUUUACGAGUUAUUGGAUUCUGCUCAACAACCGUUGUGGUCAGGAUGUACAGCAGAUACUGAAUUGUCUUUUACCCUUAAGAUGAUGAGUAUUAAGUCAUCCUAUAACAUUGCACAAAAAGCAAUGGAUGAGAUAUUCGAUGCUUGCAAUCGAGCAAUGCCAUCACCAAAUAAUGUGCCAUCUAGUUUCUAUGAAGCUGAAAAAUUGGUCUCUAAACUCGGUCUUGGUCAUGAAAAAAUUGAUUGUUGUGUGAAUGGAUGCAUGUUGUAUUAUAAGGAGGAUAUUGCAUUGGCACAAUGCAAAUUUUGUUUUGAGCCACGCUUCAAAAAAAGUUAUAAGCCAAAUUCAAAAGUUCCUCGAAAAAGGAUGCACUACUUACCACUUAUUCCGAGGUUACAACGGUUAUUCGCAUCACCGAGUUCUGCUAAACAUAUGAGGUGGCAUUUUGAAAGUCAAUGUGAGCCCAGUGUUAUGUGUCACCCAUCAGAUGGUGAGGCAUGGAAACACUUUGAUCAAAUGUACCCUCAAUUUGCUUCAGAACCACGCAAUGUUAGACUUGGAAUUUGUUCAGAUGGAUUCUCUCCAUUUGGUAUGUUUGCCAAAUCAUAUUCAUGUUGGCCCAUUAUUGUUACAGUGUACAACUUGCCACCCUCAAUGUGUAUGACGACUCCUUAUAUGUUUUUGACUUCUAUUAUUCCUGGUAAGCAUAACCCAAAGGCUAAAAUAGAUGUGUACUUACAACCAUUGAUUGAUGAGUUGAAGUGUUUGUGGGAAACAGGUGUUGUCACUUAUGAUGUAUCCUUAAAGCACAACUUUGUAUUGAAAGCAGCUUUAAUGUGGACAAUAAGUGAUUUUCCCGCAUAUGGGAUGCUAUCAGGUUGGCAAACUGCUGGGAAACUGUCAUGCCCAUAUUGUAUGGAAUCCUCAAAAUCUUUUUGGCUAAAGAAUGGAGGAAAGUGCACAUGGUUUGAUUGUCACCGUCAAUUCCUGCCCAUGGAUCAUCCAUUUAGAAGAAACAAAGAUGUUUUUGUAAAAGGAAGGAUCGAAAAGGCAUAUCCACCACACAUUUUGAGUGGUGAAGCAGUUUUGGAACGUGUUUCAUACAUUCCACAAAUAACUGAACAACAGGGUUCGAAGAUACCAGGUUAUGGUUCUACACAUAACUGGACCAAGCGAAGUAUCUUUUGGGAACUACCAUAUUGGAAGGAUAAUAUGAUUCGACACAAUCUCGAUGUGAUGCACAUCGAAAAAAAUGUUUUUGAUAAUGUGUUCCAUACGGUUAUGGAUACCAAAGGAACAAAAAACAACAAAGAUGGUGUGAAAUCAAGGAUGGAUUUAAAGGAGCACUGCUCGCGGCCAGAAAUCGAAUUAAGGGUUGACAAUAAUGGAAAGUUAUUGAAACCAAAAGCAAGUUUUACUUGUGACAAUAAUCAACAGAGGGUAGUGUAUGAGUGGAUACAAAACCUUUGUACACCAGAUGGCUAUGCAGGAAAUUUGACUUCUUGUGUUGAUUUAGAAGAUUGCAAACUGCAUGGAAUGAAAAGCCAUGACUGUCAUGUUUUCAUGGAGUGUCUCCUGCCGGUUGCUUUUAGUUUCUUACCACCCAGUCAUUGGAAAGCUAUUACUGAACUUAGUCAAUUUUUUCGAGAUCUAUGUUCGGCAAACUUACAUGUGGAUAAAGUGAGACAACUACAACAAAACAUCCCAAUAAUCAUUUGUAAGUUGGAGAAAUUUCUUCCUCCAGGAUUUUUUAAUUGCAUGGAGCAUUUACCUGUUCAUCUUCCUUACAAAGCAUUAAUGGGUGGACCUAUUCAAUACCGGUGGAUGUAUCCUUUUGAAAGAUUAUUUAACUACCUUAAAAGAAAGGUAAAAAACAAAGCCCGGGUAGAAGGCUCUAUAUGUGAGGCAUAUUUAAUUGAAGAGGCGACAAAUUUUGCUUCAUAUUAUUUUGAGUCUCAUGUAGAGAGUUGGAGAACAAAAGUUGGUCGCAAUUUGGAUGACGGUGGCAUCUAUGUCAGUCUUCAGCCGACCCUGUCAGUCUUUAAUCGUCCAGGUCGUGGGUUGGGUGCGACUAGAUUUCGAUAUCUGAAUAGUAAAGAGUUUUUUGCAGCACAUCAACACGUAUUACUGAACUGUGCGGAAGUCAAACCAUACUUAACGUCGUAUGAAGAUGGGUUGAGGGCUCUUAAUCCAGGCAUCACAAGUGAACAAAUUGAUUUGGCUAUCCAGGCAUCACGAGAUUCAGAAUGGAAACAUAUCACGAAUCAUCACUUACCCACCUGCAGUAAUCAAUGCUCAAAAUCGUUAUCAACCACGAGAUCCAAGCUCUUCUACUUCAUGUCCAUCUCAAAAUGCAGCAACCAGCUCAGAUGAUUCUACUACCCUGGUUACCCCAUCUACUCCACCACUAUCUCCCCUUGUAAACCAAGAACCUGAGAUCGAGAUUGUUCCUGACGGCAUUUCUGGGUAACUUAAGUAUUAAACUAUCUUCUAUUGCACUCAAUCAAACUUAAUCUGGUACCUCAAUUAAGAAUUAAUAGCUUUAUUCCAUGCAAGGCAAAUCGUUUUGUCAUGCCGUGUAUUACGAAGAAGUUUGAUGAACCGAUUCGCUCUUAUACACGUGCUUCACCAGGAUUGAAGAAAGCUUGGUUGAGUUUAUUCAAUGAGAAGUAUUAUUGGAGGCCGGAAUAUCAUUCACGCAUUACAAAGAAUUUCAACAAGAAAGGAUCGGAAGGUUUAUCACGUGCACUAUCUAGUGCUCGUAAGACAAAGCAAUGUCCAGAAUGGAUUAUUCUUCCAAUAUGGGUUCAGCUACUUGAGCAAUGGAGGGAUGCAAAAUUCAUUAGCAAAUGCAAUACUAAUAAAAAAAAUAGGAACUCUGAUGUGGGUAUGGCAUUGCACACUGGAGGAUCUAUACCCAUUACAGAGUACUGCCGAAGAUAUGAAGAAAAGCAUAACCAGACAGCACCCCCGGAAAUAGUAUAUCUGCAAACACAUACAAAAGCAGACGGUACAUUUGUUACACCAAAAGCUAAACAAAUUUAUGACUCAUAUGAAGAACUAAAGUCAAAGGAGCCGAAUGCCAAGUCUCAAGAUCUAUUGUUGAAGGCUGCUGGUGGCCGAAAGAAAGGAGGAAAAGUUACUGGUUUUGCCUCAGCUAGUGUCUAUUUCUUUCCUUCAGCCUCUACUUCUCAGAAAAUUCAACAACAAUCAUACGAGGACAAAUUAUUUCAACAACGUCUGGAAGAGGUUGAGAAGUCCAAUAGUGUUCUUUUAGAAACUAAUAAAGAACUUGUGCAGUUUAAAGAAUCUGCAUCUGCUACACUAGCAGAAAUGCAAGGUAUUAUUCAGUCUAUGAAAAUGACACAACCAUUGCAACAAGUUUCAUAUAUGAAUGUGCUCCCAAGGCAAAAUAUGCAACAAGGUACUUUCAUGGGUUCUCUUCCACACCAUCAACAAAGUGCUUACAUAAAUAUUUCUCCACAACAACCCCAAGCGGGAUCUUUUAUGAGCAUGUUGAUGCCCCAACCUUCACCAAUCUUCAAUAACAGCUACACUCAUUCAAACCGGGGUGAAAAUGGAUGUGAAGAUGUGGAACAUGAUCUCAUUCAGUGACUUUGUAAUCCUUUUAAGGAAUUGUAUUUUUGAAUUUUAUCAAGUAUCUUUUAAUUGACUUGUGAUGCAGAAUAAUAUGCCUUGAAGGACUUCUAAUCUAUUUCAAUGGAAUGUUUGAUGUUUAUUUAUACGGUUUAGUAUUUAUAUGAAUCUGGUUCGUAUUUAAAAAAUAUAUUUUGUUUAACAUUAAU